AUUCCUUUACUAGUGAAAUAAUUUGAAUUAUCUAUUUUUUUUGUAAUUGUUGUAGUUUUAUACAUUAUAAUAUGUUGCCUAAAAAACAUCUUUCCGGAUGUGAGAAAAGGAAAAAAAAAAGAAAAAACUAGAACAAUUGACUGAAUCACAAAGAGGUGCUAUUAAUAAAUUCUUUAUUAAAAGUUCUCAUGGAAAUCCACAAAAUUCAACUAUGACUGUGAAUGAUGUAGAUGAGUGUCAUGAGAUUCAUGAUGCUAACGAAGAAAGGGAAAAUUUGAGUGAGCAUGAAAAUAUUUUAAAUAGGGUAGAUAAUGAGAAUAUUGACAUUGAUGAACAAUUUAUUUCUUCACUUGAUAUAUAUGAUGCAAGAAAUUGGGAUAAUCUUGAUAACAAUGCACGUGAUAUUUUAGUUGAAAAAGGGCCUAUGAGAGAAAUGAAUAUUGUAUAUCCUUUGGACGACACUUCUAGGCAUUUUUCUUGUGCUCAUUAUUCUAGACAUUUAAGCAAUGGAGAAAUAAGAGACCGAAAGUGGUUGGUUUACAGUAAAUAUGUGGAUAAAGUUUAUUGUUUUUGUUGCAAGUUGUUUAAAUCUGAAAACAAUAGAAGUUCACUAGCAAAGGAUGAUUUAGAGAUUGGAAACAUCUUAGUGAACGACUUAAAGAACAUGAAAAUACUAUUGAACAUAUAACUAACAUGAACACUUGGAAUGAAUUAAAAAUGCGAUUAGAUAAAAAUCUAACAAUUGAUAAAGACCUACAAUGAGAAAUUUCCAAAGAAAAAGAGCGUUGGAGACAAGUUAUAACAAGAAUAAUAGCAACUGUAAAAUGUCUUUCUAAACGUUGUUUGGAUUUUCGAGGAUCUAAUGAAAAACUUUAUCAAGACAAUAAUGGAAAUUUUUUGGGGUUGAUUGAAAUGAUUGCUGAAUUUGAUUAUGUGAUGCAAGAUCAUAUUAGACGUAUUCAAAGUAAUGAAAUUCAUUAUCAUUACCUAGGUCAUAAAAUUCAGAAUGAGUUAAUUUCUAUUUUAGCUAACAAUGUUAAAAGUGUUGUCAUUAAUAAAAUUAAAGAAGCAAAAUAUUUUUCAAUAAUUCUUGAUUGUACCCCAGAUAUAAGUCAUCAAGAACAAAUGACUUGUAUAGUACGAUGUAUUAAUAUGUCAGGUAAUAAAGUGAAAAUAGAGGAGUACUUUUUAGAGUUUCUAAAAGUAGAUGAUACAUCAGGUUUAGGACUUUUUAACGAAUUACAAAAUGUGUUAAAAUCACUGGAUCUUAGUAUUGAAAAUAUUAGAGGUCAAGGUUAUGAUAAUGGUUCCAAUAUGAAAGGAAAACACCAAGGAGUUCAAAAGAGGUUACUUGAAAUAAAUCCAAGAGCCUUGUAUAUGCCAUGUGCUUGUCAUAGUCUUAAUCUAACUCUUAGUGAUAUGGCACAUUCUUGUGUUAAAGCUGUUUCUUUUUUUGGAAUAGUGCAGCGCAUAUAUACAUUAUUUUCAAGUUCUCCUAAGAGAUGGAAAAUUUUACUUAAUAAUGUGAAGGGAUUAAUCGUCAAAUCUUUGUCGAAUACUCGUUGGGAAAGUCGUAUUAAAAGUGUUCAAGCUAUUAGAUUUCAAAUUGUGGAAGUGAGAGCAGCUUUACUUGAAUUAAAUAAUAUUUGUGAUGAUGCAAAGUCAAUAAGUGAAGCUGAAAGUUUAGCUAAUUCAAUCGAAAAAUUUGAAUUUUUACUUGGUAUAGUCAUUUGGUAUGAUAUCUUAUUUGCUAUAAACAUGGCGAGUAAGAAAUUACAAUCAAAAUCUAUGUGCAUGGACUCUGCCAUGAAACAAUUAGAAGGUGUAAUCUCAUUUUUUGAAAAGUAUAGGAAUGAUGGUGUAAUCUCAUUAUUAUGCUGCAAGUUUGACUAUUGCUAAGAGUCUUGCAUUAGAUAUGAAUAUAGAGCCAAUAUUUACAACAAAGCGUCGUAUUUUUAGGAAAAGACAAUUUAAUGAAAGAGAAGAUGAUGAAGUUUCACUAUCAUUAGAAGAGUCUUUUAGAAUUGAUUAUUUUAUUGUUGUUGUGGACAUGACAAUUGCUUCUUUAAAAUGUAGAUUCGAGCAAAUGAAAACCUUUGAAAAUAUAUUUGGCUUUUUAUUUGAUUCAAAAACAUUAAGAACUUUGAAUGAUGAUGAAUUAAGAAAAUAUUGUGUCAAUUUAAAAUCUACUCUAACUCAUGACAACUCAUCAGAUGUUGAGUUAGAUGAUUUAUUUACUGAAUUAAAAAUAUUACAAACGACUUUACCAAAUAUGAUAAUGUCUGCAAUUGAUAUUCUUGAAUUUGUUCAAAGUGUAGAUUGUUAUCCAAAUGUUGCAAUUGCUUAUAGAAUUUUAUUGACUAUGCCUGUUACAGUAGCAUCGGCUGAAAGGAGUUUUUCAAAAUUAAAAUUAUUAAAAAUAUAUAUGAGAUCAUCAAU